AUGGCAGCUGAGUCACUGCCUUUCUCCUUCGGGGCACUGUCCAGCUGGGAGCUGGAAGCCUGGUAUGAGGACCUGCAGGAGGUGCUGUCCUCGGAUGAAAACCGGGGUGCCUAUGUCUCACCCCCUGGCCACAAGGAGGAAGAAUCAAAAACCUUCACCACUCUUGACCCCGCCUCUCUGGCCUGGCUUACUGAGGAGCCAGGACCACCAGAGGUCACACGCAGCUCCCAGAGCCCCUGCUCUCCAGAGUCCAGUUGGAGCUCCCUGGCUCAGGAGGAAGAGGAGGAAGACCAAGGAAGACCCAGAAAACGGAAACAGAGUGGCCAGUCCCCGGCCCGGGCUGGCAAGCAACGCAUGAAGGAGAAAGAACAAGAAAAUGAAAGGAAAGUGGCACAGCUAGCUGAAGAGAAUGAACGGCUCAAACAGGAAAUCGAGCGCCUGACCAGGGAAGUGGAGGCAACUCGCCGAGCUCUGAUAGACCGGAUGGUUAAUCUGCACCAAGCAUGA